CCUACCAUAAUCUGCAUGUCGAGAGUGGAAUACCCAGAAUGCCGUCUAUCCCCAAACGAUAACCGUCGUCUUUCUCUUUCCCUCCGAGACACAGACUGUACCAGCAGCAAGACUAUCCCCAGCAAAAAUGGUGAACGUGCCGAGUCACGGACUGAGGCACGUGAGCGCCAUUCGCCCGUGGCUCCCCACCUUCCGUCGCUCCACCUCCCUGGCCUCUCUCUCCUCCCCUUACACCGAAGACUCGGAGCAUGCCCAGCCCAAAAGCGGCGACAAGCCCAACUCGUACUUUCCGAAGCGAGGGCAGACUCUGGAGCUGGUGUGCGAGUCUCUGGCUUUCAAAGGGAAAGGUCUAUGCAAGGUGGCAGAGACUGGGUUCGUCGUCAUGUGCGACCGCGCGCUGCCCGGCGAGCGGUUCGUAGGGAGGGUUACUCGCCGGAAAGGGACCUAUGCUGAGGUGACAAAGGUUGAGACAAUUUCUCCUCCUUGGGACUUUGUGGACGCUCCUUGUGAGUAUGCUUCUUACUGUGGAGGAUGUAAAACACAAAAUUUGAUUUAUGAGGCGCAAGUCAAAGCUAAGGAGCAGCAAGUUCAUGAGUUGAUUAUAAACUUUGGAAAGUUUUCUCACACAGAACUGGAAUCUUUAAGCAUCAUGAAGCCCAUCGUUCCCUGUGAAAUCCAGUUUCAUUACAGGAAUAAGAUGGAGUUCUCAUUUGGUUCUCAAAAAUGGUUACCCAAGGAAAAAUUGAUGGAGAGACAAGAUGGAAUUGAGAACUAUGCCCUGGGAUUGCAUGCUCCUGGAUUCUUCGAUAAGGUUCUCAAUGUUGACAAGUGCUUAUUGCAAAGUGAGCCGGCGAAUAUGGUUCUUGCUGUAGUCCAAGACUGUUGGAGAGAUCCACAAUUAGGUCUCUCUCCUUAUGACGUUUACUCUCAUGUUGGAUUUCUUAAGCAUCUAAUGCUAAGAACUGGAAGGAAUGCGGAGACUGGUCUUCCUGAACUUAUGGUUAAUUUUGUGACUUCAUCUAACAAGCCAGAGCUGCUUAAGCCUCUUCUUGAAAAGAUAUCAGCUAUCCCUGAAGUGGUAAGUGUCAUGAACAAUAUAAAUAGUUCUGUUGGUAACACAUCUCUUGGGGAGGUGGAAUACAAUUUGUAUGGAAAAUCCAGCAUCACGGAGAACUUAAGGGGGCUAACAUUUCAAAUAUCAGCAAACUCAUUCUUCCAAACAAAUACUCACCAGGCAGAGGUUCUAUAUAAACUCAUAGAAGAUUGUGCUGGUCUCAGAGGAGAUGGCUCAGAGAUUGUUCUUGACCUGUUUUGUGGAACCGGCACCAUUGGGUUGACACUUGCCAGAAGGGCCAAACAUGUUUAUGGAUAUGAAAUAAUUCCUCAAGCCAUUGCAGAUGCUUGUCUAAAUGCCGAGCUGAAUGGUAUCCAGAAUGCCACAUUUGUCCAAGGGGAUCUUAACAAAAUUGAUGAAAGUUUUGGGAAAAAUUUUCCUAAGCCCGACAUAGUUAUUUCAGAUCCAAACCGUCCAGGAAUGCACAUGAAGUUGAUAAGAUAUCUUCUAAAGCUUAAGGCGCCACGGAUAGUUUAUGUAUCGUGUAAUCCUGCCACAUGUGCACGUGACCUUGAUUAUCUCUGUCAUGGUGUGACUGAGAAAGGUAUAGAAGGCUGUUAUAAGCUAAAGAGCGUACAGCCAGUAGACAUGUUCCCUCACACUCCUCAUAUCGAGUGUGUUUGCCUUUUGGAGCUUCGUUGACCCCCGGCCAGUUUCGGUUGUGAUCUUCAUGCCAAAGGAUUUUAAAAGCUUUGCCAGGGAACUGUGGUAACAGUUGUGAAAGGGUUAAUUUUUAUGAAGUUCGUCCCACUCGGAGUAAAUUACACCCCACCCUACCAAAAAUUGGCUCUCUCCACUCUAGCGGCUCCCAAGACAGCCAGUUUCUAACCCGCACACGAUCGAUGGAAAUGAAUGAAACAUUAUAGCCCGCCCCUAGGAAAUUGAUGGUUCAGCACUUGGUAAUGGCGGUGGUGAUGGCCGUGGUACCGGUGGUAGUGGAGGUGGUGUUGAUCGUGGCGGCGGAAAGUUUUUAUAUAUUUUGUUUUGCUUCUUCGUAAAUCUUUUGCUGAAAUUUAGGAAGGACAACUAUUUAGAUGAAAUAGUGCAAAACUGUGAAAAUAACUUGGGGGAUUACAUUGUUCAGUUAGGGGAUUGAGUCAUUUUACUCACUAUAUUUUUACA